AUGCUAGAAAGCUCUCCAAACAAUGGAUCUCCUUCCAUCUCCUCCUCAACCUCUUAUCACACAUUUUAUUUUUCCACAUCGUCCACAGGACAGGACAGGACAGGACAGGACAGGACAGGACAGGAAAGCGGGUUUGCCAAUGUCCUGACGAAGAAGAAGAAGAAGAAGAAGAAGAAGAAGAAGAAGAAGAAGAAGAAGAAGAAGAAGAAGAAGAAGAAGAAGAAGAAGUGUAAGAAGAAGCGUAAGAAGAUACUCGCCAACCCUUUCAUUCUGAUUUCCUGUAGCCUGCAAAACCUUGUAUCCCCAUUCAGCCCGAGAUGA